CCCCCCAUGCCUACUCCAGUGGGGAAUACUGCUAAUAUUUUGUUUUUUUUCAGACAGGACUCGUUUGCCUUUAGUUGUGCAUAUGGAUACACUGAAGCGUCCCACCAAUUAGAAUAUGAUCCUACCUAGAACAUCAUCCUGUUCUUGUGCUAGAAUCGCUGCCUAUCUCUUUUUUUCCUUGAUGCAUUCAGUCCCUUGCUGCUGCGUUCAUUUUUUUCUGCUGACUUAAACCAGCAAUCACAUUAGAGAGGUGCUAGGAAUUCUAUAUAUAAUUUCUACUACUGCAUGCAAAAUAUGACUUGGCUGCUGCAGUGUGUCAACUUGCAAGUGGGGAAUGUACUGCCUUAGAGUUCAUGCGUAUGUGCUAUUGGCGAAGUUAUUCUGCUUUCCACACAGGUUCAGUAUUGAGAGAUCCUGUGGAAGGGAGUUUAGUGGAAGAAUGACCACUGGAGCAAUUUAUGCUAAGCAAUUUGUGCUCUGAGCCUGUUUUGAUGUGAGAGAGUGGUCUAUGAACUCAACAAAUAACAAGGCAAAAAAAUAGGGACUGUCCCUGUUUAAUAAUGACAGUGUGAAGUAGAGCAGAAAGGUCUUGUGAGAAGUGGCAUGGGCAUAAAAAGGUGACGAACUUCCAAAGAUAAGAGUGAAAUUCUCACAAGGUUUGCCAUAUUCCCAUGGGAAUUCAGUGAGCAUCCCUUCUUGAGAUAGGUUAAAUGCACAGCAAGAUGGGCCUUGUGAGACUGAUAAGGGUGUAUGAAGAUCCACAUGACAGGCAGAGAGAGCAAGACAAGAAGUCAACUUACCCAAGAUCAGAGUAUCCCCAAGAGUGGAAAUAGGGUUGACAACUUUGGAUUGGGAAAUUCCUGGAGAUUUCAGGUGGAGGCUGGAGAGGGUGGUGCUUGGGCUCCCUGUUGUCCCGAAUGUUUAUGGUGUUCUGACAGGACCAAAACCCAAGGUGGGGGCUGAUGGAAGCCUUCACGGGACAUCACAAAGAUGGCUGUUGUAGCUCCCACUGUUCGGCAGUGCCCAGUGUCCACCAGAGUGUGGAGGAGAUGGAUUUUGAGAGAGGGAUUUGGUAUGCUGCUCUGAAUGGAGACCUUGCGGGGGUCAAAAAGCAUGUCCUGAAAAAUGGAAACGUGAACGAUACCGACCCCCUUGGGUACACAGCUUUGCACUAUGCCAGCCGCAAUGGGCAUUAUGAUGUCUGCCAGUUCCUGCUGGAGAACAAAGCCAUUCCCAGUCCCCAGACCAAAGGUGGGGCCACCCCUCUGCACCGAGCCUCUUACUGUGGCCACACAGAUAUUGCUAAGCUGUUGCUGGCCCAUGGAGCUGAUCCAGCGGUCACCGAUGAUGAUGGGAUGACCUGCCUGCACAAGGCAGCAGAGAACGGGCACAGUGACCUCUCCGCCCUCCUGUUGGAGCACAACUCAAAUCUGAGGAACAUGCGAGACAAGAAGCUCAGCAGACCCUGCGACUUGGUUCCUGACAGUCAAGAAGAGUUGCAGAGACUUUUAGACAAAAGCAGUUUGCCUGCAAGUGACAGCAAAGAAUGCAAGGGCGAGGGAGGCCCUACUGCCCUCUAAGUGGAGUUGCCACCAUCACCCCUACCUGCCUGCCUGAUGCUGGUAUGCUGUGGAGUCACAUGGCAGCAGCAAAAUAAAUUUGCUUGCAAGCCUUGCCUGCUGAAAGGAUAAUUGAAGUACAGCUCAGAAGGGUGCUGAUGUGCUCAUACAGUCCAGGCCUAGAAUUCAGGGCUGUAGAAGGGAGUAUUGUCAUGGCUUGGGAUUGGGAGGAGCUGUUGCUCCAGUUAUGACAGUGGGUGCCAGAAGGUCUGGCUCUUGUGAUUGGGUGAUGGCUGUGCCAGUUUCUUCAGAGGAUGUGGGGCUGUAUUAAAGAUGUUGCUACCUUGGG